GGGGCGAGCAUCAUCCUCCCCCACCUCAAGGAACGAACACCCCUCUCCGCGAUCUUUAGGGCACCUCUGCAAACAAUCCUCCAAGGAACCUCAAUUCCAUUUUUGAAUUUCGUAUGGAAUCGUCGGCAUGCUGCGGUCGCUCUCGAAGAAUGUCCCGAAGACCUCCAGGUUGACAAGAAGAGCUGGCAAUCAAGCUGCCACGCAUGUGCGAGCAAUCCACAGUGCACCACCAUGGAGACCAGCUUCUACAUUAGACGAAUGGGUUGCGAAGGAAGCCAGACCGAUCAGUCUCAGACAGCUCAUGUUCUUCAGCCGUUCCUUGACGGAAGCGCGAUUGCUGAGCUCUGCAAAUUAUGUACGAACAGAGCUUCCUACGAGGCUGGCCCACCGGAUCAGAGACAUGCAAACGCUCCCCUACGUGGUUGUCACGAACCCCUAUAUAAGUCAGGUAUACGAAAUGUACUACAAGGCGUUUGAGAGUUUCAGGCGGGUACGUGAGAUCAAGACUUUGGAGGACAAUGAGGCCUUCUGCAAAAAGAUGAACCAGAAACUCCAGGAGCAUCUGACGGUCAUUCCAAAACUGGCCAUGGGUGUUCUCGAGUGUAGAGACCUCAUGAAUCCAGAGCAUAUGGACAAGUUCAUGAACACAAUGCUACGUUCGAGAAUCUCCAGGAGGGUGAUCAGUGAGCAACAUAUUGCACUGCACGAAAUCUUCAAGUCUUCUAAACACGUCCCCGAUUCUAAAUCCCCCGAGACCGAGUUUAUAGGAGACGUCUUCCUGAAAUGCAAUGCCAAAGAAGUUGUAACCCGCUGCGGCGAGGAAGUCCGAGCCCUCGCAGCCGCUGCCUAUGGACCCUCCACAAUGCUCCCUGAAAUUAAAGUCGUGGGGCAUCUCGAAGCCACAUUUCCCUACAUCCUCAGCCAUCUCGAAUACAUCAUUGGCGAGCUGUUGCGGAACUCCGUCCAAGCUAUUGUUGAAAAGCAAAAGCAAUGCCCGAGUCCACCGUCCACCCCUCCGCCCAUCGAAGUCACCAUCUGCGAAUCCCCGCAGCAUGUCAUCAUCCGCAUAUCGGAUCAGGGAGGCGGAAUACCGAGAGAUAUCCUACCAUAUAUAUGGUCGUUCAGCAAAGGGCCACGGAGACACCAGCGCCUAGAGAAUCUACACCAGGUGCCCAAGAUGGCGGCUACGCUGCAGGAACUGCGGGUGGAUGAGGCCUCACAUGGAGGGCACACCACACAUCAUGGCUCUAGACAUGUCACUUCGUUAUCUUCGUUAUCUAACAGACCACCAAACCUACGGCUGGGGAUGGGUUUGCCAUCAAGUCGCGUGUAUGCGGAGUAUUGGGCUGGGAGCUUGGAAUUGCAUAGUUUGGAAGGCUAUGGCGUCGAUGCCUUCUUGCAAAUCUCGAAACUGGGAAACAAGAACGAGCAACUGACAACGCGGGCAAGCAUGGAUGCGGUCUAACGAAAUCACAAACGCCAUGAAUGUAUACGUAUAAUAAAAUCAAAAUUUCACAGGCUGGAAUAUCGUGAGAAGCAUGAAUUACAUCGUGGCUAAAGCUAGAGUGAAGAAGCUGGGGGAAGCCAGCUAUAAAUUAGGCAG